AUGGAGGAGGACGAGCUCGAGAGCGAGAAUGAGGACGCGGGACCUUCGAACAAGAAACAAGACAAGAAGCAGAAGAGGCAGAAGAGGAAGGCGGAUGAGGAGGGUUUACAGGCGAAGAGGCAGCAGAUGGACAAAGCCAAGAUCGCCGACGCUGUAAAACGAUACUCGUACCUCCUGGGCCAAACCGAACUGUUCAAGCACUUUGUCGACAUGCAGCGCGCCCGAGACCCUGAAUACGCGGCUAUCAUGGACGCUCAGCCCAAACCCAAAGGUCGUGGUCGCAAGAAGGCGCCGGAACCCGGUGCGCGUCAUCGUAAAUCCGAAAAGGAGGAGGACGAAGAGUUGUUGAAGGAGGGCGAGAUGGAGGCCGACGAGCCGUAUGUAUUCGAGUCUUCACCCAGCUUCAUCAACGGCACGAUGCGCCCGUACCAACUCCAAGGCCUCAACUGGAUGGUCUCGCUACAUCACAACGGCCUCAACGGUAUCCUCGCUGACGAGAUGGGGUUGGGCAAGACACUGCAAACCAUCUCCUUCCUCUCGUACCUCAAACACGUCCGCGGCAUCACCGGACCGCACCUCGUCGUCGUCCCCAAGUCCACCCUCCAAAACUGGGCGCGCGAAUUUGAAAAAUGGACGCCCGACUUCAACGUUGCCCUCCUCACCGGCUCAAAGGAGGAGCGCGCCGAGAUCAUCGCCACGCGUCUACUACCGCAAGAUUUCGAAGUGUGCAUCACAUCAUACGAAAUAUGUCUCAUCGAAAAGGGCGCGUUGAAGAAGUUCAGCUUCGAGUAUAUCGUCAUUGACGAGGCGCACCGGAUCAAGAACGUCGAUUCUAUCCUCUCGCAGAUCGUUCGCUCGUUCAUGUCGCGCGGGAGACUCCUCAUCACGGGUACACCCCUCCAGAACAACCUCAAAGAACUCUUUGCGCUGCUCAACUUUAUUUGCCCGGAGAUUUUUGUGAAUUAUGCGGAUUUGGACGCGUUUUUGCACAAGGAUGAUAGUGGAGCGGAGAAUGAGGAGGAUAAGAGCAAGAAGGUGGUCGAGGCGCUGCAUAAGAUCCUCAGACCGUUCUUGUUGAGGAGGGUGAAGAGUGAUGUGGAGAAGAGUUUACUCCCGAAGAAGGAGAUUAAUAUUUAUGUUGGAUUGUCGGAGAUGCAGCGCAAGUGGUACCGGAGUGUGUUGGAGAAGGAUAUUGAUGCUGUUAACGGUCUAACCGGCAAGAAAGAAGGCAAGACUCGACUUAUGAACAUCGUCAUGCAGCUUCGGAAGGUUACGUGCCAUCCUUACUUGUUUGAUGGUGCCGAGCCUGGUCCGCCGUAUACGACCGAUGAGCAUUUGAUUCAGAAUUCGGGGAAGAUGGUUAUCCUCGACAAACUCCUCAAGAUGAUGUACCAGAAGGGCAGCCGCGUUCUCAUCUUUAGUCAGAUGAGUCGAGUGUUGGAUAUUUUGGAGGAUUAUUGUUUGUUUAGGGGGUACAAGUACUGCCGCAUCGACGGAGGCACAGCGCACGAAGACCGUAUCGCCGCCAUCGACGAGUACAACAAGCCCGGUUCCGACAAGUUUAUUUUCCUCCUUACGACGCGUGCUGGAGGAUUGGGGAUUAAUCUUACUACGGCGGAUAUUGUUGUUCUUUAUGAUAGUGAUUGGAACCCUCAAGCCGACCUCCAAGCGAUGGACCGCGCGCACCGCAUCGGUCAAACGAAGCAAGUCUACGUGUAUCGGUUUAUUACGGAGGGGAGUGUGGAGGAGAGGAUGCUUGAGAGGGCUGCGCAGAAGCUUAGGUUGGACCAGUUGGUCAUUCAGCAGGGGAGGGCGCAGCAGCAGGCGAAGAGUGCUGCGAAUAAGGAAGAGUUGUUGGAGAUGAUCACGCAUGGUGCGGAUAAGAUUAUUAAUUCGUCUGAACAGAUGCUCGUCGACGACGACAUCGACGCUAUCAUCCAACGCGGGGAGGAGCGUACCGCCGAGCUCAACUCCAAAUACGAACAGCUCAACCUCGAAGACUUGAGUAAUUUCAAGAGUGAUGCGAGUGUGCAGCAGUGGGAGGGGGAGGAUUUUAGGAGUGGGCAACGUAAACCCCUGCACCUGAACAUCCUCUCUCUGUCCAAGCGCGAGCGUAAAUCCAACUAUUCGGUGGAUUCGUAUUUCAAGGAUACGCUCCGCGCUGGGACGUCCAAGACGGACAAGGCCCCGAAGAUGCCCAAGGCGCCUAAGCAGAUUGCGAUCCAAGACUUCCAGUUCUUCCACCCCCGUCUGGCUGAGCUUCAAGAGCGGGAGAUUGCGGUCCACAAGAGGUUGAACAAUAUCCCUGCUACGCCGCGCGACCCGCUCCCGGAUGAUACGCCUGAGAAGAUUGAGGAGGAUUUGAAGGCUGCGCAGGCGUUUAUUGAUACUGCCGAACCCCUCACGGAGGAAGAGCUCGCGGAGAAGGAGCAGUAUAUCUCGGAGGGCUUCCCAGAUUGGAGUCGGCGUGACUUCCAGCAGUUUGUGAGGGCGUUGGAGUCGUAUGGAUGGGGAGGGUGGUUUUAUGGGGAGGGGCUUGUCGAGCGAGUGUCUGGGGGCCUGGUCGAGCGUCGCUCAGCUGGUUUGCCGACGACGACGACGAGGGUCGACGAGAACGGCGAGGAACCCUUCCUCCUCCCUCCUCCAAUCCCCUUCAUUUCGGUAUAUCUCGUGGACGAAGAUAUCGACGUCUACGCUAACGAGAUUGGUGACAAGACGCCUGAGGAGGUUGAGAGAUACUAUGCUGCGUUCAAGGAGAACUGGACUUCGUUGCCUGAGUACCCCCGUAUCGAAGCCCGACUCAAGGAAGGCGAGGCUAAGCGUUCCAAGCGGCAGAACCUCGAGAACCUCCUCAUCGCCAAGAUCAAGUCUGUGCGGUACCCGAUGCAGGAACUGGAGUUGAAUUAUCCGACGACGAAGGGCAAGGUCUACUCGGAAGAAGAAGACCGAUACCUCCUCUGCCGAUUGCACCACUACGGUAUGCAAGCCGACGACGUGUACGAGAGGAUUAAGAGGGAUAUUAACGAGUUCCCUGUGUUCCGGUUCGACUGGUUCUUCAAGAGUCGGAGUCCGCAGGAGCUUCAGAGGAGGUGUAACACCUUGUUGAGUAUGAUUGAGAAGGAGGCUGAGCAGGCCAAGGCGGAGGAGGCCAAGGUUAAGGGGACGAAGGGCAAGAAACGCGGUAUCGAGGAAGUUCAAAAAGCUGAUUCGAAAUCUGUGGACGAGUCGCGGCCUUCGACUCCUGCUGGGAACGCGUCAACGGCGAGUGCGAGUGCGAAGGGUACGAAGAAGAAGAAGACUGGGAAGUAGUUGACUGGUCGUCUUCCCUACCUUGUGGUCGUGACUCGUACCCUCGCCGUCGUCUCGUCUCUUCUUGUAUUCUUGUCUCCGUUUCGCUGCCCAUAUCAUACGUACAUUUUCGUCACUGUUCCUUCCUCUUAGAUUCAUGUCCGCUCGCCUGUACAUAUAGAUUUUUUCUCGUUUCUUUAUGUUGUUGGGCCAUUUGAGCCCUUUAUGUCGUAUUAAUACACUUGUUAAUGUCGCAUUCGAAUGC